AUGACAUCAACAUCCCACGCGGAGCAUCUGCAGUACGCUCAACAUGGCCUUUCCGGCAAUCGAACCUCUCCUUCAGCUUCCCGCCCUAGCGAUGGAGGAAGAAAGAGUGUCCAUGUCCUGUCAGCUGAACCAUUAACGUCACCCUCUGGAGAUAACCUUGGAGGAGCGCUGCCUUCGUCGUCAUCGAGAGCAUCCUCGCGGCCUCCGCUCCCACGACCAAGAGCCGUUGCGCCUCCUGAAGGAGCGGGCCGCAUUGUCGUCGGUACAUCACCUGCGUCAUCUUCGACCAGUAGUACCAGGAGACCACCGCUGCCGCUGCCGGCUGACGUAUUUGUAGCACCCGGAACGGCCACACAAAAAGCUAUUUCAGAGCAACAGCCGUGGCGGUUAACGGACCAUGAGUAUGUCGACGGAAACCUCCGAGGAACAGAACCAUGCGAAAGAAAUACUAGGCAGCCUUCUGCAGAGUACAUUGAUCGGGUUUCUAGCUGCAGACGCAGCAGAAGCUCGGCUUCGCAGCGAAGAUAUAGCCAAAAAGCCCCUCCUGGCGCUCUACCUCCUCCACCGGUCGAGGACGAGAGUCACAAUGAUUCCGUUUCAGCAUCCUCAUCGCACCAACCAAGUUAUAGCGAUGUAAGAUGCGACCGCGACGAUCUCGUUUCACCUUUGAGUCGUUCGGCGAUAGAGCGGCAAUUGGCAUUUGGUCUCCAGGAUUCCUCGUUGUCGCUCACAGGUCCAAUGGCAUUCCCAGAGGCUGCCCAUCUACAAUCACCGCAGUUGCUUAAUCCUCACCAGGGAACCAGUGAGCAACCAGGAGCAAGGAGGACUGACCACGAUAGGUCAAGUCUGGAGAGACCUGCACUGGGACCUGGACCAAGCGCAGCAGAGCCAGCGGUCGACGGUGUAACUGCUGCUUCUUCCGGACAUCUGCUGUGCCCUUCGAAUGAAGAUGACGGUGGACCAGAGCAGCGUCAGAUGAAAGCACUGUAUCAGCCACGCCCGCCUCCACCGCGUCGCUCACGGCAAGAAGGCGCAGGGAAUGCCGGACUUGCGGAUCAAAAAGGCCUUGCCUCGGCAGGGUCAGAGAGUGAAGGUAAGAGUGAAACUGAAGCUUGUGCUACUGUAAGAGCUAUUGCGUGCUCCACAAGUCAGAUGUCUCAGUCCGCGUCUGGUCACACAGUUGACUCCGAUAACUCGUCAACACAAAAGGCUGGCUCGAAGAAACAUGGGAAUGCUAGCAGUGUCGCUGGCAUGCACGAUUGCGAGUUCGUUUCGCCAGCUUCUGUUCGCCCUAUGCGAAACGACCUUGCUGGCGACGAAAAUUCAACGACAACCGAACUAGGGCUGGGAGCAGACGGCGCUGACUCUACUAGUUCUACUACGUAUUACCAGUCUUCAGACGCGUGUCCAACUCCUGCUUUGGCUUUAUCGUCAUCUAGCUCUGAGACCGAGACCGGAAUUGCCACGGUGGAUACUCUUCCCUCAGGAACAAGGCUCGUUGACGGUGGUCAGAUUCCUUGUAGUGCGAAAUACCUUGCUUCACCGAAUCCUGCAGCCUCAGUUUCGUUGCCCGCUGUGAUGGGGCAGCCAGGACCACGCCCACGGCGCCUGUCACGUAGUUCAAAUGUGGACUCCAUAAACAUAGUGACAUCCUCUCCUUGUCCAUCGUCUUCAGUAGACGUCGCUGGUGCUGCGGUGGACAAGAUCGCGAUGCUGUCAGCCUCGAAUUUCUAUGUGAGCGUCGCUUCUCCUGGCUAUAGUGAGGAUACGCAAAGUUUUGCCUCGACUCCUUCGGUCUCCGUCUCUGCCGCUUGCGGUGGCAACGUGUUGGACGCACUAAAUCCGACGAGCUCGCCUACGACCAAAGGAUACCAAAAUCUUGUAGGGAAAAACACACACACAGGGGCUGGAGGGAUAGUUGUACCAGUGCAAGUAGGUUCUUUGAAGUCGAACGGUCACCUCCCACACACGACCAAGGUGCAAACACUAAACUGUGAGUCGUCUGUCUUCAAGGAGGAUGCGAGCGGGGCACCGCACCGUGGGAGUGCCACACCCGGAGCAACAACUCCAGGCCACCAAGCGCGUGCUGUGAUGGGCGAAGCAAACGCACACGGGUCCUCCGGGCGAAAGAACAGGCCUCCAACACCUUCACGUGUUGAUGUCGGCCUUCCUCAGCAUAUUGCUGCAGCUCUAGCACAGCCGCUUUCUCGAAGGAGUUCGCCCUCGGGUUCGCCCCCACCGGGUUCUUUACCAAAUCACCCACAAAUGUUGAGCACUAGUCUACCUCGACGCCCAUCUACUUCUCCACCUCACAGUGCUGCCUUCAGUUCUUGUGGUCCACCGCCCAUUAUCGAAUUGCAUCCUGGAGCUGGUGCCGGAGAGCCGUCGACGUAUCCUCCGCCUUCGCCGAAUGCUGGUGGAAGUGCAGCUGUCCGUAUUGCGACGUCGAGCCGCUGCGAGAGAAAUGCAGCAGAAGAAUCGCCAACGGCCACGACUUCCAGCGGUGCACGAUCGACUACGCCUUCUUCACAAUGUGGCGGGCACAUGGUUACUGUACCUGACGGCUUCAAAAUCGCGCUUGUGCCAGUCACUGCAACUGUUUCAACAGGUGGGAAUUACACUGGAGUAGCAAGCGCCUCAUCGGAAGUCAGUCGAGCAGAUAGUCCGGCCUCGCCUUCUCCAUCCGGAGCUUAUUCAGCGGAAACGGCUGGAACUGUGGCAUCUACUUCAUCACCAGAAGACUCGUCUAGUGUUGUGGGCAAGAGCGGCCCUACGAAAGGAAAGUGGUCCACGAAGGGCCCUCCUUCGCCUGCAACUGCAAAGCGAGGUGACGCGAACGCUCAAAAAGGCAAGGGUAAGUCACCAUCGCCAGUGCCUGGUGGAAAGGGAAAAAAGUCUGCUCCUGCACCACCAGGGAAGGGAAAGCCGGCACCGCCCGCGAAAGGAGGCAAGCCAGCUCCACCCGGCGACAAGGGUGGAAAGAAGGGUGGGAAAAGCAAAAGCGGGGGGAAGACCUCAGGAAAAGGUAGCACAGGGACGAAAAAGCGGCCUGGAUUUCUGCCUCUUGGAAAACAGCUGUUCUGGACCGAUACUUCGACGGAAGCAACAGGCAGGAAAACUAUAUGGGAGUCAAGAAUAUCAGCCGAAAUUCGUGCGCAACUAAUGGAGGACGAGGAGACAUCUUCAGAUGAGACUACAGAAAAUGGAGACGGAUCAGCAAUAAAAGUCGGCAAAACAAAAGAAGGUCAACAUACAGCAGAGCAGACAAAGGCCGAAGAUGGUGCAUCUACAGAGACUGGCGCUGCUGGUGAUACAGCAAAGGCUGAGCAGCAGGCACGCGUCGGUAGCCUUGUCAUCGAGGGUGAAGACGAACCCAACAGGGGUGGUGAUACCUCAGGUAGCGCGCCUACCGAAGAAGACCGCGCUGAGACUUUGAAACGCACGUCGUCGAGCACUAAGCCGUUAGGUCGAAUAACGACUUCGGGCUCGGCAGAUAAAGGUGAUAACGUAUCAGCCUCAAACGGUGACAAUGGGCAAAUCGUCCCACGGGCGGUGUUCGGUCGCUCUGCAUCCAGCGGAGUUGUGUGUGAAAAAAUAUCGAUAGGCGGUUUACAACGUGCAGCCACGAUGCAGGAGUCGGCCACAUCAGAGUCCAUUUCUGGCGACGAAAACGACAAGCGCCGUGCACUAGAUAAGCGUUUGGCCGCACGCGAGAAGGCUCCCUUGCGGAGUGUAGGGAGUUUUGCGUCGGAACUCCAAAAAAAGUAUGGUUUUCGCGUGCGUUCGUCGAGCACCAAGAGCACAUCGGGCGCGCGCGAUGGCAGCAGUGGCACUGCAGGAAGUGGACAGCCUGGAGAUGAAAAUGGGCAAAACGGAGAUGCGAUCGGUAAAGGUGGUAAGCGUGCUGGGAAAAAACAGGACGAUGCGCCGCAGCCGUUUUUGUCGCGUGAUCGGCAUCUUGCUCUUUCUGUUUGUCUGGCGCGAUUGCCGCCAAAAGAUCGCGUCGUUGCCGAUUUGCUCAAGUGCCGGCCACUUCACAGGCUUCGGGACGUUGGUGCUGUAAGGGAGCUCAAAAGUCGGCAUUACGCACAGAAGUUUCAAGAAUCGAUGCGGGAUUUCGCCAGUCUCUCCUCUACAGACGACAGCACGCCGAAGAGCGAACAGUCGACUACCGUACAGAACACUGUCUUGUCUAAUGGGGCUCUGUCGCAGACAAGAAGUUGCUCAACGAUAUGUGAAGACAUGAGUGCCACGGAAACAGAUCUUCUCAAUAGAACGCAAAGGAAAGAAGCGAGAAAGAAGUCGGCAAGUGCUGGAGCCCUGGAGAGCAUGCUUCCGUCUGAUGUCAUUGUUAAGGAGUGCGCAAUUACUAGGACUCCUGCUGUGGCAGACCAUUUGCAAAACGAGCUGUCGGAGCUAGACGACGAUGAGGCGACGCCGAAUGAUGACGAGGCCCGCGGGUCGCGCACGGUCGCAGCUCUGGAUGACAAAGCGAAGAACGAACACGCCUCCGCAGUACAUACAACUCGUAGUGCUCUAGCCUUGUUGCCCCCGGCGGCAAGCCACCGGAGCGGCAGUUUAUCACGAGAGAGGCUGCGAGUCGGCUUUUUCGUUCGUUACGACAUGGAUGAGCUUGAAAACUAUAAGAAGUUGUUUCCGACCGACGAAGAGCAGAAGAAAAUACAAAAAAUUCCUGCGGAAAAGCUACACCUGCUUCACCCGAUGGAGCAGUUUAUGAUCAGCCUCGCGUCAAAAGUGAAACGUCCACGUGAGAGAAUACGCUUGAUGCAGUUCCAGCUCGACUCCUCCCUAUGCAGCGGGACCAAUUACCCCGCGCAAGCCGCGGCGCUGGAGAAGCGCUGUGCUCGCCUGAUGCAGAUAGGCCCAGUGUCUUCGUCCAAGACAAAAAAUGCAAAGUUGCUGGAGCCCCUUCGAGCUGCGAUAUUCUCGACUCCUGCCGCAAGCAUCGCAACGAGUGCAGCGAGUAGUCUGUCUGCUGCUUCCGUCCCUGUCUCUGUGAGUGGUGUAGCCAACGGAACACAGGGCACAUCGAUCACCGCCUUUCUUGCUAUGGAACCAGCAGCAUUCGACGCAGUUGCGCACGCAGACAGCAACCCAGGGGUAAUGAAGCUAGUCCGUGAGUUCUGCACUGAGGUUGCGGGCUUUGGGUCACUGGGCGCCGUACCUCCAGGCCUGACUGGUUACGCGCGUUGUUCUCAGAUUCCAGAGGAUCUUCGGGCUGAGAUGAAUGCAACAGGCACGCCUACCACAGCUUCGUCUAGAAGCAAAAAAGGCAAGCCCUAUCAAGAUUCGUUGAUGCGUGAGCUACUUGCGGUGGAAGCAGCGGUCUACCAGUGUCUGCAUAGCGAGUCUCUGCAAUCGGUACUGACGACAGUGCUUCUACUCGGGAAUUACGUUAACUACGGUGUCGAUCUCACAGCUGCGGUGUCUGGGAGAAGAUCGCGCAGUCGCGGCAGCGGUCGUUGCGUGUCCCGCGAAGGCAGCGGCUCGCUUUCUCGCUCAAACGGUACUCAAGAAGACGAGAACACAGACGAAGGUAAACCUGUAGAGGAGGUACAGGAAGAGCGACGGAAAGAGCGUUCCUCCACGGCACUUGAAGAUAAGGAUACCUCAAAUACAACCGAGAGUUUCUCCUCAGAGCAAGAAGAGGACGACGCGUUAGACGCAGUGCUUUACACGAAAGCCUUUUCAAUUGGGAGUCUGCGAAAGUUGAAAGAGAUGAAGAUUCAAGGUGAUAGAGGUGAAGUCGACCUUCUCACGGUUCUCGUGCAGCGACUUCCUCUCGAUACCAGCGAUAAACUGAAGGCGGAGCUGAGUCACGUGCUUGCAGUGGCGCAAAGCGUCGAUUUUGCUGACCUGAGGGAGAAAAUCAAAGUCGCCGGCGACGCUGUAUCCUUCGCGGCACGAGAAAUGCGGUAUCAGCAGCCUGCUGCAUCAGCACAAACCAGCCCCACUCCUGCUAAUACUGCAGCAAUGCCGUCACCGCUUGCCGAGCAGAAAACUGGAUCUGGGACCGUCAAGGAAACAGUUGUGCCUGGGUCAUCUCCUGUCGGACCUGCUGCUUCUCCUCCACCUGGUCGGAGUCCUUCAUCGGUACCGUUCUACGCACAUUACACUGUUUCAAAUUGCUACGAGUGUGUCACGCGUGGGGAGAUGCGACGCGCGCUGUUGACGAAUCAGUGGAACUACACUGAGCUGCUAGGCAAAUAUUUGACGCGGUAUUUCGCAGAGGACAAGGAGCCUUGUGAAAUGUUUCUCAAGACCUUGGCUGGUUUCCUGCGUGAGUUCGACGCAGUGGCGGUACGAUGUAGAAAGAUGUCUGAGAAACGACCGAAAACAACUACAAAAUUUCAAAGCAGCAGGCGUGCCACUGUGGACAAUUCGGCGGCUGGACAGGCGCGACGUGAGGCCGCUGCCAAGCAGAAUGGGCAAGUAUUAGGCAAACCACCCAAAGCGCGUCCAACAAGAUGAAGUCAUACCAUGAAACAUCUGGUCAAGCAGGCACUGCAUCUUCAUAUAAAUCCUGUUUUCACGGCUCUAUCCAAUUGGGUUUGCAACCCUUUCCUCCACUAUUUGCUCGCCUCGCUCCAUAUCCACAGAAAAUAUGCAUUUAGUUUUUAACUUCUUUGUACCUCUGCUUUCCACGACGCAUAACCAUAACAAACACGACACCACAACCGCCAUUCCGCUUCAUGACAAUAAUACACAACGUUCCGUCCCUUGAAUGAGCGUUUUUUUUGUGUACGGAAAUCAAAAUCAAUGACAGCCUAGACUUGAGAUUAAUUGUCUGCUGCUAGGGUAUAAUCACAGCAAUGCACCUCAAGAAGAUACUGUAGAGGCUUACAUUUGGAAUUAUCUUCACAUAACUAGUACUAGUUUCACCAUAGCUUUUCAAGUUCUACGUAGUCGUAGAUACUAUCUAUCAUCGUGUUGUUGCUUUUUGACUUCAUCUUUUCGAAUUUCUGCGAAGUAAUUUCUCUUUUUUCUCGUCCGCGGUUCGAAAUUGCCGAAAAGAUUGCUGAAAGAUUAGAGUUAUCAACCUUGCUUCCGUAGCAGAGGCCUAGAUGCUCCUCCGGGUGAUCAUCCGACUUGUCACUUUCUCACGCUCCAAAUUUCUCCCAGAUCUCUGUUGGGUCGUAGAUUUUUUAGCGUAUCUUCACUAAAGCGGGGCACGAUCGAAUCUCCUCCUUCGACUUUUCUUCCGCCUAAGAAUAAAUAGUAGAAGAUCGCAUUUCCAUUUCGCUUUUUCAUGAUAAUUCUUGUUCCGCU